UAAAGAAAUUGCGCAGUGGAAAAUGAAAAGCCGGCCAUGGUUCAAAAAGUGGAGGCCCAGAUGUACCAAAACUGAUAGGCUUCGUCCGAUUGGGUGUGGAAAACUCAGGGUGGUCUGAUAAUAGAAGCGUUUUUCUAGAGCUUUUAACCCUGCUUGCUCAGACCCCAAACCAAAGCCAAAGAAAGCGUUUUAGUGAGUCCAACUGAGACAAUUGUAUUUUUGCUUUUUAAACAAAAAAAAUAAUAUUAUUUCUAUUCCAAGAGAAAGCAAAGUUGCGCUAAAUUCAGUUCGUAGACGCGCACGCAGAGUCAGAGAAGUCAGUGGGAGGGAGAGAGAGAAAGAGAAAGAGCGAGAGAGAGAGAGAGAGAGAGAGAGAGAGAGGUAGUCGAGAGAUGGAUUUGCUUCCAGCAGAGAGCUCUCAGAUGGUAAAGAAACAUGGAUUCAGGUCAUUAAAGUUGGUAAGCGUGGACAUGGACCAUGUUCUUGGAGACCAACAACCCUUUGGAGUUCACUAUGGCAGACUUGACAAUGGCCUCUAUUACUAUGUCCGUUCCAAUUCUAAGCCCAGGAUGAGAGCUGCCCUCUCUCUCGCCGUCAAAGCCGGAUCAGUAUUGGAAGAGGAGGAUGAGCGUGGAGUUGCUCACAUAGUCGAGCAUCUUGCUUUUAGCGCUACCACAAAAUACACAAAUCAUGAUAUCGUCAAGUUUCUCGAAAGUAUUGGGGCUGAAUUCGGUGCCUGCCAGAAUGCGGUGACAUCUUCUGAUGACACUGUCUAUGAAUUGUUUGUUCCUGUUGACAAGCCUGAAUUGUUAUCUCAGGCUAUUUCUGUCUUGGCGGAAUUCAGUACUGAGAUUCGUGUGUCAAAAGAAGAUUUGGAGAAAGAAAGAGGUGCUGUUAUGGAAGAAUACAGAGGGAACAGGAAUGCUACAGGAAGGAUGCAGGAUGCACAUUGGGUUCUGAUGAUGGAAGGUUCAAAGUAUGCUGAGCGUUUACCAAUUGGAUUAGAGAAGGUGAUUCGGUCUGUUUCACCUGAGACUGUUAAGCAAUUUUAUAGGAAAUGGUACCAUUUAAGCAACAUGGCAGUCAUAGCUGUUGGAGAUUUUUCAGAUACACAGAGUGUAGUUGAGUUGAUAAAGACUCACUUUGGGCAUAAAAAUUCUGCACAUACACCUCCAGUUCUACCAUCAUUUCCAGUUCCAUCUCAUGAAGAGCCACGGUUUUCAUGCUUUGUUGAAUCUGAAGCUGCAGGGUCUGCUGUGAUGAUUAGCUAUAAGAUGCCAGCAGGCGAGCUGAAGACAGUGGGUGACUAUAGGGAUUUGCUUGCAGAAUCCAUGUUUCUAUAUGCUCUGAACCAGAGGUUUUUUAAAAUAUCUCGCGGAAAGGAUCCUCCCUAUUUUUCAUGCUCAGCUGCUGCUGAUGUUCUGGUUCAUCCGUUAAAGGCUUAUAUAAUGUCUGCAUCUUGUAAAGAAAAAGGGACUAUGAAGGCCUUAGAAUCAAUGCUGAUUGAGGUUGCAAGAGUACGACUACAUGGCUUUUCAGAACGUGAAAUAUCUAUUGUUCGUGCUUUGCUGAUGUCAGAGAUUGAAUCUGCCUAUUUGGAGCGUGAUCAAAUGCAAUCAACUAGUUUGCGAGAUGAAUAUUUACAACAUUUUCUACGAAAUGAGCCUGUGAUCGGGAUAGAGUAUGAGGCUCAACUCCAGAAGACUCUUCUACCUCAUAUUUCGGCAUUGGAUGUGUCCAAAUAUGUAGAGAAGUUACGAACAUCAUGCAGCUGUGUCAUUAAGACAAUUGAGCCUCGAGCUUCUGCAACAGUAGAUGAUCUUAAAAAUAUUGUGCUGGAUGUAAAUUCUCUUGAGGGAGAAAAAAGCAUUUCCCCUUGGGAUGAAGAACAAAUUCCAGAAGAAAUUGUUAGUACAAAACCAAACCCAGGGAAUAUUGUGCAGCAGAUUGAAUAUUCAAAAAUUGGAGCUACUGAAUUAAUUCUAUCAAAUGGCAUGCAAGUUUGCUACAAAUGUACAGACUUCCUUGAUGACCAGGUUGUCUUUACAGGGUUCUCAUAUGGAGGUUUAUCUGAACUUCCUGAAAGCAAUUAUUUUUCUUGCUCGAUGGGACCAACCAUCGCUGGAGAAAUUGGUGUAUACGGUUACAGGCCAUCGGUGCUAAUGGAUAUGCUUGCUGGCAAGAGAGCUGAAGUUGGCACAAAACUUGGCGCUUACAUGAGAACUUUUUCGGGUGAUUGUUCACCCUCAGACCUGGAAACUGCCUUACAGCUUGUCUACCAACUAUUUACAACGAGUGUACUUCCAGGAGAAGAAGAUGUCAAAAUAGUGAUGCAAAUGGCAGAGGAAGCAGUUCGUGCUCAAGAGAGGGAUCCUUACACUGCAUUUGCAAACCGUGUGAAGGAGCUUAACUAUGGGAACUCCUAUUUUUUCAGGCCUAUUAGAAUAAGUGAUCUUCAGAAAGUUGAUCCAUUGAAAGCAUGUGAAUAUUUCAACAAUUGUUUCAGAGAUCCCUCCACUUUCACUGUUGUAAUUGUGGGGAAUAUUGAUCCUAGCAUAGCAGUUCCUCUGAUAUUGCAGUAUUUGGGUGGAAUACCAAAGCCUCCUGAACCUGUUCUGCAUUUUAAUCGUGAUGACCUCAAGGGCUUGCCAUUUACUUUUCCUAAAACCAUAAUUAGGGAAACAGUUCAUAGCCCUAUGGUGGAAGCACAAUGUUCGGUCCAGCUAUGCUUUCCUGUGGAACUGAAGAAUGGAACCAUGAAAUCCAAAUUGCAGGUGGAAGAAAUUCACCGUGUUGGGUUUCUGAGCAAACUUAUUGAAACAAAAAUAAUGCAGGUUCUACGAUUCAAGCAUGGACAGAUCUAUUCGGUAGGUGUUUCAGUAUUCCUUGGUGGUAAUAAGCCUUCAAGAAAAGGUGAUGUUCGUGGUGAUAUAUGCAUAAAUUUUUCCUGUGAUCCAGAAAUCUCCUCAAAGCUGGUGGAUCUUACUUUGGAUGAAAUAUUACAUCUCCAAGAGGAAGGGCCUUCAGAUCAGGAUGUUUCAACCAUCCUUGAAAUUGAGCAAAGAGCCCAUGAAAAUGGACUUCAGGAAAAUUACUACUGGCUGGACAGGAUAUUGCGCAGCUACCAGUCAAGGGUCUAUUCUGGUGAUCUAGGUGCUUCUUAUGAGAUUCAAGAUGAAGGGCGAUACAAGGUUAUAAAAUCUCUAACACCAUCAACAGCACAGUCGGCGCUACAAAGAGUUCUGCCUUUUCCAUGCAAGAGACAGUACACAGUAGUGAUUCUAAAGCCCCAAAAAUCUCGUUUCAAGGUGCUAGCGUCAUACAUCGGAUCUUGUCGAACCAGUUAUGGUAGAGAUGCUAAGAUCUUAGCAGGGCUUGCUGGUCUGACUGUCUUGGGUGUUAGCUUGUGGAGAUAUUCAAGAAGUAGCCUCAAAUCCUAGUUGACUGACUUUAUUAUCUUAAUUAGCAGAGCUUUAUGGAUUCUUGUUGGGAUAAGACUGGGAUGUGCAAUUUUUUGUAUGGCCACAUUGUUCGAUCACAUGUAGAAAUAUACAUCUGUAUUAUUGUAAGAUGAAUGUAUAUUAUAUAUAAUGUUUUGCGAGCUCCACUAUCCGCCAUUGAUUCUGAGUAGUCCAAAAACUCAUGGCUCAUCAUUGUACGUCUGGACAUCAAAUUGAAAUAAUGUUUCUUUGUUUUUUUAGGUGAUUAAAAAAAAAAAAAUUACUAGACCUUGUAUUAAUAAAUAUUUUGUUCCGAAAUAUAGAAUCUAUGAAUAUUUUACUUA